CUACGAUUUUACAUUUUCUUCUUCUAAAGAGAACUUGGCUUUAUUACUGGCACUGGUAAUUUAUUCAUCGGAAAUAAGCACGAUCUGAAGGUCACAAAAUGCCUCGUUACACACGCCAAGAGAUCAACAAAUGGAAGGAGGUGUUCUCGCGGAUUAACACUAAUGGCGAUCGUUUCAUUGAGCCCUAUGAGCUUAUUGCAGCAGCCAAGGAAGAUGGGCUAGAAAUGAGUGACGAGGAGGCCAGGGAAUGGCUUAAAGACCUCGACUGCAAUGAUAACGGCAAGGUUGAAUUCAGCGAGUUCAUCAAGAGAUUCGGAGAGAGAACUUAAGAGCUGCAGGCCCGCUACGAAAGUCAAACUAAACUGUGCCAAUUCUAUGUGCUAUCUUUCAUAUAAGUAAUUCGGUCGGCGACAUAGCGGAUAUAUUACGAAG